CACCAACAAGGCAAUAACCAAGAAUAGCAUCAUUAGAGGAAACACUGGUUUCUUGUAGAGUGUGUGUGUCAGUCUGUCAGAGUGUGCUUCUAUGCUACUCUAAACACCAUUUCUGGACAAAGGCUUGAGCUUGUAAUCUUAAAUACCUAGCUCCUUGUCAGUCAUGGCAGUCCUAUAUUACAAGUCCACCAGCACCUUAGCUUUCUUUAAUUUCUUGACCAAACCAAACCCACAUUCAUUUAUACACAUUUCAUCUCUUUAGCUUUCUCUGUAUUUCAAGAAAUACUUUGUAAUAACUGAAGCUUUUCCGAGAAACAAGCUCAUGGAUAUAAUGUUUGAAUCAUCAUCAUCUGAAGGAGCACAACUGGGCAAGAGGCCAGCAUCGACGGCCCUAGAGAAUGAAGGCAAGAAACGAGCCUUGGGACCGAUGGAAGAAUCUCAUGAUAUUAUGACGAUCAAGGUCAAGAGUCAGGUAAAAGAGGUCCAUUUCAGUGUUAAACGCAACACUAAGUUGCAAAAGAUCUUUAAGAUGUUCUGCGACAAAGCUCAAGUAGAAUACAGGUCUAUGCGAUUCCUCAUCGAUGGCGCUCGAGUUUCGCCUACUGCAACCCCUGAAGAGCUUAACAUGAGAGAUGGCGACGAAGUUGAGGCCAUGAUAUAUGCUGGAGGCGGCGGCAAUGCGGCCAUUGUCUGAUUGCAGCUGGAACAGCAAUCUUGUGCCUUCAGUUUCUUUAAAAUGUGAAGAUUUAGGAAAAUGUUAGUUAACGAACGAAAACUUCUAGCUCCAUGGUUCUGAUUUCUGUUCACACAAUUCUCUACACGUACUAUGUGUGAUGCUAUUUAACAACAUUGAUGUGGAACUCAGUGGCAUUUGCAUUUGAUUCUGCAAUGAGCUAGUCCAUCCUAUAUGAAUCUUGUUACUAUCUUUUACUCGCUCUACCCCUUCAUUUUUGACUU